CCCUUUCUUUCUUCUCUUUUUGCCUCCGUCCUUUUUCUCCGGUGUGCGCGCGCGCGGGUUGCACGGUUUGCUUUGGCAGGAGCUCGCUCGUGUGUGCGCGUGUGUGUGUGCGUGUCUGGAGAGCACCAGAGCCUUGCUCGCUCUCGGGGAGUCGAAGAAGAGAAAGAACCGAAGAGGCGGCGGCGGCGCGGAGCCCGGGGCCGCGCGAUGAAGCUCCCACAUGCCCGCAGCUACCCGGCCCGGCCGGCGAGCUAGGCAGCCACCCCCCGGGCUCGGGGCUCCGCGGCCCCCGGGACGCAGCCCUCCGCGGCCCGGCGCCCGCGCCCCCCGCGCGCCCCCGCUGUGCACUGGGGAAGGAGUUUGCGUGGCCCUCGCUCCGGCUCCCGGCGCAGGUUGCGGGCGCGAGAGGAGAGCCUCGGCGGGGAGAGAAGCUCGGGCGGAGAAGGAGGAGGGUUUGGUGGAGAAGAAGCCACUCCUGGCCCUCGCGGCUCCCCCUACCUAUUCCAUCGCUCCCGCUCCCAGGCGGAAAGGGGAGGACGGAGAAGAAGAAAAAGAAAGAGAAGGGGGUGGGGUGGGAGAACUGGAUAUAAAGAUCGGCUGGGGGGAUGGAUGGUGGAAGAUUUUUGGUCUCUUCAGCAGCGUCUUGCCUUAAGCGGCGGCAGCAGCAGCAGCAGCAGCAGGAGAAGCAGCCCCAGCUAUGACUGCCGCAUGUUAAUAGCUGCCGCUUGGGUCCUUCGGCUGCUGCUGGAGACAGAGCCUGACUCCGAAGUUGUGGAACUGUGGACUGCGAGAGACAUUUGAACCCUCCUCUCUCUUUGCUCCGUUUUUACCCUCUUGGUGUGUGUGAAGCGAGGAAACGUGAAGGAAGACAAGCAUUUGGAUGUUUUUGUUUUUCCUUCCCCUUUCUCCCUGGCUGUGUAGCAGAAGAAAGGGGGAAGGAAAGACUUUUUGUUGGUGUCUCCGUGGCUGGGGUCUCCACCCUCCUGCUGCCUUCUCUGCGCUGUGGUUAUUAUUCUUUACCGCGUGUGGCGGGGGUGUCUUCGCUGGGACCGGCCGGUCUUUUGCCCCGGGCUCCAUGGCUGGAUUGUGGAAGCUGCACCCGGCUGCAGGUUGUUGAACAACUGAUGGGACGAUCUCAGGGACCGGCGGUUGCGAAAGCAAUGUUCAAAUGUCCAGUAAAUUGGAGGAAAAAAAACAUGGACUUUUAGCAACUGAAGAGCAAAUUAAGGAACUUCCAAACUGCUUUGCAAAGUGGCUGCUGCAUUUUACAUUCCCACCAGAAAUGUACGUGUUCCAAUUACACCAUAUCCUUGCCAAAAGCUUUUGCUGUUAGUCCUGUCUUUCGUGAAGCUGGAUAUCCAGUGGGAGUUUCACACCUUACAUUACAAGUGGCUGGCAUAACGAGAAUGAAUGGCAGACUGAACCAGGGAAAAAAGGGCACCUAACUUCUCUACUUGAGUCAUUGACUAUCAACACCACCACCCUUUUGUACGGACAGAGCUCCGCAUUUCUCAGGAUUCAGAAUUGGGAUACUGGUGUUUCUGUUUUUGAGGAAUAUUUCUUUUUGAGUUUUUUUUUUUAAUCAUCAGUCUUGGAAUACAGAAGAGGAACUAGAAAGACACUAUUUUGUUUCACGUUUGGAGCUCUCACUCCUGAGGCACUCUCAUGCCCGAGUACACAGCCAUGUGGCCAUCACAGCUACUAAUCUUCAUGAUGCUCGUAGCACCAAUAGUUCAUGGUGGCAAGCACAAUGAGCGACAUCCAGCCCUCGCUGCUCCACUGCGACAUGCUGAGCGCAGCCCAGGAGGCGCUCUGCCACCCCGACAUCUCCUUCAGCAGCCAGCUGCAGAGCGCGCCACUGCUCAUCGCGGACCAGGGCCCCGUGGAGCUACCAGAGGAGUUCGUGGUCCAGGUUCCCAAGGAGCCCAGAGUGCAGCCCAAGCUUUCAGCCGUGCCCCAAUUCCGAUGGCUGUGGUCCGCAGAGAACUCUCCUGUGAGAGCUACCCUAUAGAACUCCGCUGUCCAGGAACAGAUGUCAUCAUGAUUGAAAGUGCCAACUAUGGGAGGACUGAUGACAAAAUUUGUGACUCUGACCCUGCUCAGAUGGAGAAUAUACGAUGCUAUCUGCCAGAUGCCUAUAAGAUUAUGUCUCAAAGGUGCAAUAACAGAACCCAGUGUGCAGUGGUGGCAGGUCCUGAUGUUUUUCCAGACCCGUGUCCGGGAACCUAUAAAUACCUUGAAGUGCAGUAUGAAUGUGUCCCUUACAAAGUGGAACAAAAAGUUUUUCUUUGUCCUGGACUACUAAAAGGAGUAUACCAGAGUGAACAUUUGUUUGAGUCCGACCACCAAUCUGGGGCAUGGUGCAAAGACCCUCUGCAGGCUUCUGACAAGAUUUAUUAUAUGCCCUGGACCCCCUACAGAACUGAUACCCUGACCGAAUACUCAUCCAAGGAUGACUUCAUUGCUGGAAGGCCAACUACAACCUACAAGCUCCCUCACAGGGUGGAUGGCACAGGAUUUGUAGUGUAUGAUGGAGCUUUGUUCUUCAACAAAGAGCGCACCAGGAACAUAGUAAAGUUUGAUUUGCGGACUAGGAUAAAGAGUGGAGAGGCUAUCAUAGCAAAUGCCAAUUACCAUGAUACCUCCCCUUACCGAUGGGGAGGCAAAUCUGACAUAGACCUGGCAGUGGAUGAGAAUGGGCUAUGGGUAAUCUAUGCAACAGAACAAAACAAUGGUAAAAUUGUCAUUAGUCAAUUGAACCCUUACACCCUACGGAUUGAAGGGACUUGGGAUACUGCAUAUGAUAAAAGGUCAGCUUCCAACGCAUUUAUGAUUUGUGGGAUUCUGUAUGUGGUCAAGUCUGUAUAUGAGGAUGAUGACAAUGAGGCCACAGGGAAUAAGAUUGACUACAUUUACAACACUGACCAAAGUAAGGAUAGUUUGGUGGAUGUACCCUUCCCCAAUUCAUACCAGUACAUAGCAGCUGUGGAUUACAACCCCAGGGACAACCUUCUUUACGUGUGGAAUAACUAUCACGUCGUGAAAUAUUCUUUGGAUUUUGGACCUCUGGAUAGUAGAUCAGGGCAGGCACAUCAUGGACAGGUGUCCUACAUUUCUCCACCAAUUCACCUUGACUCUGAGCUAGAAAGACCCCCUGUCAGAGAAAUCUCUACCGCAGGACCUCUUGGCAUGGGAAGCACCACCACCAGUACCACCCUGAGGACCACAACUUGGAGCCAGGGCAGGAGUACCACCCCAUCAGUGUCAGGAAGAAGAAACCGGAGUACCAGCACCCCAUCUCCAGCUGUCGAGGUGCUUGACGACAUUACCACACACCUUCCAUCAGCAUCGUCCCAAAUCCCAGCUCAGGAAGAGAGCUGUGAGGCUGUGGAAGCCCGAGAAAUCAUGUGGUUUAAGACCCGUCAAGGACAGGUGGCAAAGCAGCCGUGCCCUGCAGGAACUAUAGGAGUAUCAACUUAUCUAUGCCUGGCUCCUGAUGGAAUCUGGGAUCCCCAAGGACCAGAUCUUAGCAACUGUUCUUCUCCUUGGGUCAACCACAUAACACAGAAGUUGAAAUCUGGAGAGACAGCUGCCAACAUCGCGAGAGAGCUGGCUGAACAGACAAGAAAUCAUUUGAAUGCUGGAGAUAUCACCUACUCAGUCCGUGCCAUGGAUCAGCUGGUAGGCCUCCUAGAUGUACAACUCCGGAACUUGACCCCAGGUGGAAAAGAUAGUGCCGCACGCAGUUUGAACAAGCUUCAGAAAAGAGAGCGCUCUUGCAGAGCCUAUGUCCAGGCAAUGGUCGAGACAGUUAACAACCUCCUCCAGCCACAAGCCUUGAAUGCAUGGAGAGACCUGACUACAAGUGAUCAACUACGUGCAGCCACCAUGUUGCUUGACACUGUGGAAGAAAGUGCUUUUGUGCUGGCUGAUAACCUUUUGAAGACUGACAUUGUCAGGGAGAACACAGACAAUAUUCAAUUGGAAGUUGCAAGGCUGAGCACAGAAGGAAACUUAGAAGAUCUAAAAUUUCCAGAAAACAUGGGUCAUGGAAGUACUAUCCAACUUUCUGCAAAUACUUUAAAACAAAAUGGUCGGAAUGGAGAGAUCAGAGUGGCCUUUGUCCUUUAUAACAACUUGGGUCCUUAUUUGUCCACGGAGAAUGCCAGCAUGAAGUUGGGAACAGAGGCCAUGUCCACCAAUCAUUCUGUUAUUGUCAAUUCCCCUGUUAUUACAGCAGCAAUAAACAAGGAGUUUAGUAAUAAGGUUUAUUUGGCUGAUCCUGUGGUGUUCACUGUUAAACAUAUUAAGCAGUCCGAGGAAAAUUUCAACCCUAACUGUUCGUUUUGGAGCUAUUCCAAACGCACAAUGACAGGUUAUUGGUCAACACAAGGCUGUCGGCUCCUGACAACGAAUAAGACGCACACUACAUGCUCUUGUAAUCACCUAACCAAUUUUGCAGUGCUGAUGGCACAUGUGGAAGUUAAGCACAGUGAUGCGGUCCAUGACCUUCUUCUGGAUGUGAUCACAUGGGUUGGAAUUUUGCUGUCCCUUGUUUGUCUCCUGAUUUGCAUCUUCACAUUUUGCUUUUUCCGUGGGCUCCAGAGUGACCGUAAUACCAUCCACAAGAACCUCUGCAUCAGCCUCUUUGUAGCAGAACUGCUCUUCCUGAUAGGGAUCAACCGAACGGACCAACCAAUUGCCUGUGCGGUUUUUGCUGCACUCUUACAUUUCUUCUUCCUGGCUGCCUUCACCUGGAUGUUCCUGGAGGGCGUGCAGCUCUAUAUCAUGCUGGUGGAGGUUUUUGAGAGUGAACAUUCCCGCAGGAAAUAUUUUUACCUGGUUGGCUAUGGGAUGCCUGCGCUCAUUGUGGCUGUGUCAGCCGCAGUAGACUACAGGAGUUAUGGAACAGAUAAAGUAUGUUGGCUCCGACUUGACACCUACUUCAUUUGGAGUUUUAUAGGACCAGCGACCUUGAUAAUUAUGCUUAAUGUCAUCUUCCUUGGGAUUGCUUUAUAUAAAAUGUUUCAUCAUACUGCCAUUCUGAAACCUGAAUCGGGCUGUCUUGAUAAUAUCAACUAUGAGGAUAACAGACCCUUCAUCAAGUCAUGGGUUAUAGGUGCAAUAGCUCUUCUCUGCCUGUUAGGAUUGACCUGGGCCUUUGGACUCAUGUAUAUUAAUGAAAGCACAGUCAUCAUGGCGUAUCUCUUCACCAUUUUCAAUUCUCUACAGGGAAUGUUUAUAUUCAUUUUCCAUUGUGUCCUACAAAAGAAGGUACGAAAAGAGUAUGGGAAAUGCCUGCGAACGCAUUGUUGUAGUGGCAAAAGUACAGAGAGUUCCAUUGGCUCAGGGAAAACAUCUGGUUCUCGAACUCCUGGACGCUACUCCACAGGCUCACAGAGCCGAAUUCGUAGAAUGUGGAAUGACACAGUCCGAAAGCAGUCAGAGUCUUCCUUCAUUACUGGAGAUAUAAACAGUUCGGCGUCACUCAACAGAGGAGCCAUGGCUAAUCAUCUUAUAAGCAAUGCUCUGCUUCGUCCGCAUGGUACUAACAAUCCCUAUAAUACAUUGCUUGGGGAACCGGCGGUCUGUAACAACCCUUCUGUCAGCAUGUACAACGCACAAGAGCCCUACAGAGAGACAAAGGGGCUUCUGAACAAUGCCAGGGAUACAAGUGUCAUGGAUACUCUACCACUGAAUGGUAACCAUGGCAAUAGUUACAGCAUUGCCAGCGGCGAAUACCUGAGCAACUGUGUGCAAAUCAUAGACCGUGGCUAUAACCAUAACGAGACCGCCCUAGAGAAAAAGAUUCUGAAGGAACUCACUUCCAACUAUAUCCCUUCUUACCUGAACAACCACGAGCGCUCCAGCGAACAAAACAGGAAUCUGAUGAACAAGCUGGUGAAUAACCUCGGCGGUGGGAGUGAAGAUGAUGCCAUUGUCCUGGAUGACGCCACCUCCUUUAACCACGAGGAGAGUUUGGGCCUGGAACUCAUUCAUGAGGAAUCUGAUGCUCCUUUGCUACCCCCAAGAGUUUACUCCGCAGAGAACCACCAGCCACACCAUUACACCAGAAGGCGGAUCCCCCAAGACCACAGUGAGAGCUUUUUCCCUUUGCUAACCAACGAGCACACAGAAGAUCUCCAGUCACCCCAUAGGGACUCUCUCUACACCAGCAUGCCGGCACUGGCUGGUGUGCCCACCGCAGAGAGCGUUACCACCAGCACCCAGACCGAACCCCCACCGGCCAAAUGUGGUGAUGCCGAAGAUGUUUACUACAAAAGCAUGCCAAACCUAGGCUCCAGAAACCACGUCCAUCAGCUGCACACCUACUACCAGCUAGGUCGCGGCAGCAGUGAUGGAUUUAUAGUUCCUCCAAACAAAGAUGGGACCCCUCCAGAGGGAAGUGCAAAAGGACCUGCUCAUUUGGUCACUAGUCUAUAGAAGAUGACAGAAAUUUAAGCAAACAAAACUGCUAACACCUGGUUGACUGUUCGAGUUGAUAUAAACAGUGGUAAUAAUGUGUGUACUCCUAAAUCUUUAUGCUGUUCUUGAAAGACAAACAAAAACUCUGACUUCUUUUUUUUUUUUUUUAACUGGGAUUUUUAGGUCAGCCCAGGGAAGAAAGAUAACUGGCGAAAUCCCCCUGUGCCCUAUCCUUUCCUGCCCUUUUCCCCCCUCAGAUGGAGACUUCAUUAUGUUAAUGAACGAGUUAUGAAGAAAAUGGCGCUCAUUGUGGCCUUGUUGAAUUAUGUUGUGUUUGUUCUAACAUCUCUGAUGCUCUGUUACUAUAAUUACAAGGACCUGCUUUUUAAAAGGCCAGAAGAGUUGUUUGAACUUAGUAACCAUGCUGCAUAUAGAUCGGAGUGCUGCACAAACAAACAUAAAGGCAAAAGCAAAACUGUAUCACGUAGCGGUUUUUAGUCACUCAUGACCUGAAUUCACCACAGCGGGAGUAGCUGUGGAACACAAAAUCAAACAACAAAAUUAAUAAUGAAAUGGAGGGGAAUUCUAGAAUUAUAUGCUAAAUGCAUAUUUUAUGAUUUGCUGUAUUAACUGAUGAUAAAACUAAUGGCAAAAGAAAAAUCGAACAAUUUCUAUGUAAUGUACAGAUACUAGCAUUGCACAUAUAGUCUGCUUUCUGUUCCUCCAGAAUUUGAGUCCUGUUAAUGUAGUGGAAAAAAAAGAAGUUUUCUUUUUCUUUCGUGCUGGUCUUGCAAGUUUGCCUACCAGUAAGAGAGCGAAGUUAUCCUCCUUUCUUCUUUCUUCCUUCAUUUUCUUUUCUUUUUCUUUCUUUUUUUCCUUUAAAAUUUCACCUGGCAAAAAAAAUAAAUAAAUAAAUAAAGGAAACUAUCACUUUAUAAGAAUCAUUUUCUAGUAAUGCAAACAAAUUAUUUUUUGCAAAAAAAAAUAAAAUAAAGAAAAUUAGACUUCCUUCCCUCACUAUAUAUCUUUAUUCAGUCAAAAAUAUUUCCAAGAGCAUUUUUGCAAAUUAGAGCAGGACGAGCUUUUAUGUUUACAGCGUGCAUCUGUUGUAAUGCAAAGCAUAUUUGGCAAGCAGUUAAUCACCAGGAGAGUAGCUAUGAUUCCAGAAGUCAAGAGGUGUCAAUAGAGCUAGCGGGGCUUCUGCAUGUGAAAAACCGUAUCCUAUAGGCGUUAAAGUGCUGAAUGCUCAGUCUGACCCCCAAGUGGGCACCUGCACUACCAGUUUUUAAAGGAAAUUCACUCCCUCGUAGUAAAAAUUGAAAGGUCAAGUUAUUUUGAAGUGAUUUUUUAAAAAAAAUUCUUCUGUUUAUUAACAGGAAAAUUUAUUUAUUUGACAGGAUUUUAAGUAAUGUAGGAAUACAAGAGGUAAAUUAGCAGCACAUAUGAUUUUUUUUUUAAAUUUAUGAUCCAUUUUGUAUGGUCUCAAAGUUGGAUGACCUCAUUACUAAUAUUUGUUGUAAAAGUGAAACUUGUUUGCCAACCAAUAAACAACUGAUUGAGAUUUAGAAGAUAUUGUAUUGAUGUAUGUACUAUAUGAUUAAUUAUUCUCUUCAUUUUUCUCGCCUUUCUUUCCUUCUAUUUUAAAUAUAUAAACUUUGCUAAUCCUCUGUGGCCCAAAUGAGCCUUGCAAAAGAAAUAAACCUGCCUAGAUGGAUAACCUAAGCACAAAAUUAUACAAUUUUUGCAGGCGAAGUAAACCAGAAAAAUGGGAUGGGCAUGUUUAUGUUGGCUGAAAUAAGAUGCAUUAACUUACUUUCAAGCAGGUUAAUAUAUUGGUUACUAUGUAGGUUAUUUACAAACCAGCGGCAGUCACUAAGCUUAUUAUAAAAGCCGGCUUCAAUCAGAGAUUUAAGCAUUGAAUUUGGGGGGAGGGGUCGAAUCCUACUUUUUCCUUCCUCGUAUGCUUCAUUUAAAUUCACUCAAUUAGCUAAAAGCCACAGGAACAAUGACAAAGAGCAUAUCCAUUUUAGAAAGAUAGUGGAAGACAUUUUUAUGCUAAUUUUUUCUUAUUCUAUAUAUGGAGAAAAUGGGAGGGGGAAAAAAGCCCUUUCAAAGAAACUUUCUAGAUCUCCGAUUACUGAAGAAUUUUUAGCAGCACUGUCCAAGCGUGGAGACCCUCUGAGGGCAAAGCCAGAAUGAAUUUGCCAAAUCAGAAUUUCUCCUGUAGUAUGUGAUACAUUGGUGAUUUCUUUUUCUUUUUUUUCUCCAAAACUCUAAACACCACCCACCUAUAAAGGAGUAGUUUGGAGAAUAGCCAGUAAUCUAUAUAUAGUUUAAAAAUAUGACAAGAGAAAAAAUUGGGUGCUGGGCCAAAGUGCAUCAUAACCUUAAUAUCCCCUCAAAAUACCUUACGCAUCAUUCCUUUUUAAUCACUUAACAUGACUAUUUUUUUAAAUCUAAAGAUUUUCUUUAAGCUGGAGGAGAACCAAAAACUUUAAUGGUAAUUAGAUUUUCUCAUACCACAAUAUGGCAAUAUUAGCACCUGAAAGGUGGUUAGCCUAUUUGUUACACAGAAUACAUUUGGUAAUGAAAGAGCCCUUUUUAGACAUAUUUAAGGUAACUUCAGAAGCAAACAUGGUUUGUGGAUUAUGAACACUUAUGCUUGUUUUGCCAGAUCAACAGUAAUCUAUAUGAAAACAAGUCUGUCAAUAAGAAGCUAGUUUCAGACAACACUGGGGAAACUACCUCAAGUCAGCUUGCUGAUGCUGCCGAUUCUGAUUUUCGAAUAAUGCUACCUCCCUGCCGGUUAUCUUUUGUGUUUCAUUAUGUGGAAAUUUGAAGCAAGUAGCCUCCCCAGCUCUACAUAGACCAAAAGAAAAUCACUUGAAUACAUACACUGAUGCAGAAGGCCAUUCAGUACUGUCAGUUACUACCCAGCGCUUGCAUCAAGAAGAAAGGAUGAGAUUUUUGAACUCUCAUACAUCAUAAUUGGUGUGAUUUCAGAGAUGUAAGAUCCCAAAGACGUUCACAAGAAGAGAUUGUUACCCCAAGUUUUAUGUGACUCUAAUGAAAACAAAACAAUGGAUAAAGGAGUUAAUAACACAUACAUUUCAAUAGAAAUUUCUGUAUAUGUAACAUAAUCAUUUAGUCCUCUUUACACUAGCAAGGGUUGAAUUCCUAUACUUGAAUUUUUUUCACCUGCAUUUUCAUGUGUAGCUAUUGAUAAAUUAAGAAUUUUUAAAAUUUCUUGUUUUUUACCACCUUUGGUUGCUCUGUAUUUUCAAUACCCUGUGACAUUCAUGACCUACAUAUCUGCAUACUUCUGAUGUGUUUAUCUGAUUUUCCAUUAAGAAGUAAAUUUCCAUCAAGCAGACAUACUAUACAUACCUAGCACAUUAUUUGGAUAGCUGGAAGUAAAAGUUAUGCCGAUGAAACAAACCAAUUAUUGUUUCCUAGUAAAAUGAUACUUGAUAAAAUUUUACACUGAUUUUUUUUUCUCUUUGAGAUCUAGUUCACAUGAUACUUAUCAGGACACUAGCUAACAGAUCUCAUGUUGAGUUGAUUCAGAAACUGUUGAAUUGUUGCACAGCCCAUGCUCCUAAUUGGUAAUAUUUAUGGAGAAAUCUACAUUUUGUGAAAGAGAAAUAGGUUGGAAUUCCAAUUAAAUAUUUUUGAGCAUCCUCCUUUGUUUUGACUCUAUUAAAAUUAAAAAUACUAUAGUUGAAUAGUAAAUUGGUAUGCUAAAACAAUCAUAAUGGGGGAAAAAAGCUGGCAUAAGAGCACUUAUCUUAAAGUAAAAAUAGUCGGGAAAAUAGAUUCAUCAAAUGCACCUAAUGGAAAUACCCUUAACUGCUUGUAAAACAAAUUCACAAUGACUCUAAAUUAAAAUGUGGUUUAUGAUCUGUAUUUUUAAAAUCCCCAUUAAUCUAAAAAUGUUGACAUUAAUGAAAGAUCUUCAAGAUUCAUGUUUUUUUAUUUUUAUUUUUUAAUAUUAACUUGGUGUGAAAAACUUUUCAUGAUAAUGAGAUAAGCAUAUGAGUGAGUUGGUAAUAUUUAUAUAGAACUCAUAGACUUAAUUUUAGGCAAUAUCUUCAGCUUUUUCUCCACAUGUGUUCAAAUCCAUUGACUGGUUUGCUUACUUUAAAAGAUGACUGACAUUAAAAACUUUAAAGACUGACUUUCUGCAUUACUGUAGAGACCAAAAGGAAGAGGAAAAGUAGUUUCUGGGUUGUCUGAAGAUCAACUCCAAACUAAUCAAUAAUCAUCUCCUGUUAGUGAAAGAGUAAUUGGUUUUUAGAAGUUGUCCAUCAGUUCUGUACCAAAGUGCUGCUGCUUGGGAUGUUUUGGGGAAAUAAGACGCAAAAACCCACAACAGAACUACUAUGCAUGUCAGUUCCAAUUUAGAGAGAGAGAAAAAAGAACUCCAACUCUAAUUUGAUUUUGAGCAAUUCUGAAAAUAUUGACAAGAAUGUCUUUUCCUCUCUAACAAAAAUAUUUGAGAUAUAAUAACAAUAUGUAUGUACUCCCCAGUAUAUUGUAGUACCAAGAUUUAAGAUUUAAUUAGUUCAUGUUUAGUAAUUCAUAAUUAUAACUCACCAUAUAAGUAAUUACUAUGCAUUCCGAAGUAAUACUUUAAACUUAUCUUAUGCGAGAUUUCUGUGCAUCAAUACAUUAGUUAGGAACACGGAAGCACAGUGAAGCAGCAACACUGCACAACAGCUCAUGGAAGCAUUCUUGUGCAGAUGAAUUCUAGACGAGAAGCUUCUCUGAGUCCAUAAAAUAGAUUCGUUGGAUCCCAACUGUAAAUUCAAUUUUGUAAUCAGCAAAUCAGUCUUUCUUAAACCAUCUGAAAAAUAUUGCUAAAUAUCUAAAUUUUCAUCUCUAGACUAGUAGAAAUUAAAUAGUAUUGGUAGCUGCUUCUUUCCUGCUUAGGCAGUAAGAGGAAUCUUUCCUAUUUACCAAUUAACCUGAUUACUUCCUCUUUGCUUUAAAAGGGAAAUCAGUGUUUAAGUUUCACCUGUACACAUACUUCCAUACCCUGACUGCUUUUAUUUACAGCUUGUGUGUUUGCAAUAUUGCAAACUUUGUGGUCUUUGCAAUAAAAUAGGUAGCUAUUAUGGUUUUGCAUAUUCUCAUUUGAAAUAAAGUUAUUAUUGUUCCCUCUUUUUAGAAAAAAAUUAAGUCAGCACUUCUUUAAUGUUUAGGACCUUUAAGUUCUUAUUUGAAUGUCUUGAUUUCAACUCUGUUUUGAUGUUUCUUUCUCUUUAUAGUAUGUCACGCAAAUUUUUCUCAUUUAAUUUGUGUCCCAUUAGAGUAUUUCAAAGGUAAAUGCAAACUAAGAUUUUAAAGAAACAUGUGAAAGAAAAACUUUGAUUUAUAUUAUGAAGUCAAGGAAGACUUAUACAAGAAAAAAACCUCUAGUGGGAUAAUCAAGUCUUUCCAAUUCCAAUAUGAACAGAAGAAGAGCAGAACCAAGUUGGCAAAUUUAUGGUGAGGUAGCAGGACCUAAAUGAGAGUUAUAGAGAAACAUUUUCCAGGAAAAAAUGAAAUCAUUUGGAAUGAUAAAAAUCUUAAACACUGUACCAAAUGCUAUUGAUGUGUUGAAAAAAAUAAAAUUGGAGUUUACCAUAGUAUAAUUUUAUCCUGCUAAUUCCACAGGAAACACUAAACACUUUAACACUCUAGAUAUUUUUGUCUAGCUACACCUUGUCUCAAGGAAACAUGAAUAAUUUAUAACUGUUUCUUGAAUAUAAGUAUUUUUGCCUCAAUUCACUGUCACUCUCUAAUCUGCUUAUUGUACGCCAACACAGUUAAUGCUACUAGUGGCUUUGUACCUUUUAGAGCUUUAUUAUGAAUCUUUCUAAUAAACAUUAAAUUAAUAUUAAAUUGGAAUUAUGUACAUUGUGCAAAAUAAUUCACAACCAAGCAAUAUUCAUAUUACAGGAUAAUUCAUUAUAUAUAUAUAUGAAUAUUACUUUGAGACUGAACAAAUAAUUACACUGUUGAAAAUAUUACUCUCAAGUCCUCUCUUCAGUUAAUAUAGUCAAUUCAUAAAAUUCUGCAGACAGUUGUACACAUGGUGUGUUAUCAAAGUACUUCAUACUCCAAAUGUGUCUAAAAGUAUUCCCAAUGCUUCUUUCAUUCUAGAAUGAUAAAGGAAGGAGCUUGAAAAGAGAGGAAAGUAAAGCCAACUUCCAAGGAUCUAAUUUAGAUCAACAUUGUCAUUCAGAAUGAGUAAUUUCAAAAUGAGAAUGUUCCACUCUGUGAUCUAAGUGAGAGGUUAUUAAAGAUUUACAGUUAGUCAAAUACCAGAGGAUUUUAAAUGUUAAAGGAGUUAAGUUUGUCUCAAUGGCCCAAGACUGCAGAAUUUCACACUACAUUGGCAAGGAAAUAUGUUUAAAAUUCAUACCUAAAGUAGCUUUUUAAAGGUUAAAAAUUACUCUGAUUCAUCUCAAGGUAGACUGACAAAAUGAUCCUGGCUUCAAAAUGAAAUGUAUUGGUUGACCUCAAAAAAUGUUUGGCAAGAUUCAUGAAUGUCAUCAACUCUUUAAUAGUAAGUAGAAGUCUUUGGGGAUAGAACUCAAAAUACAGUGUCCUCUUAUGCUGACCACUGCCUGGUUCUCUAGAGUAUUUUUUAAUGUCUUGAAUUUCAAAUUGUCACAUUCUCUUAUGUUUCGAAUGACAUUAUGAAUCAAGAAAGAUGAGGAAAAAACAUUUAAAGUUGGUUUUCAUGCCUCAUUUGAGAAUAACAUUUCCUUUACCAUCCCAAGUAAUAAAAUAUGAUAUUUCUUGAAACAGCUCUGGACAAUCAGAAUGUGUUCAUUUAUAAACGUCUUUGUAUAUUCUAACUAACACUGAUCUUUGCCUAUGGAAAAAAAAAUCAAGAAUUGUAGAGGAAAUCAGCUUGAUUUCCCUUCAUUUGGCUUCUGUGAAUGCACUGGAAAGUAGAAGGAUAAUUUGGAAAAGUUUAUCCACACUGUUUUCCCACUUGCCAAGCAUUAAAUCUAAUUCAAGAAAUAUCUUUUAAAAAGAUGAUAGUUUAUUUUAAAAACUAACAACUAAUUACACUAUUUCUCAUUGAUAAGAAAAAUCACUUUUUAGCAACAAGAAUAUAGCUAUUGCAGGCUUUGGUCUCUUACCAUUCUCAUAUUUACCCAUGGCAUUAAUAUUAUCGUAUACACCUACCAGCUUUCAAUUAUUGGAUUUUUUCUCUUGUACAACCUUUCCAACCUUUUUUUUCUUAAGUGCUCUGUACAAUCACAUGUAAAGUCAUGAGCUACAAACCUCAAUAAAAAAUGUCAGUAAACAAUAA